UGUGUGUCAUCCACUGUACUGCAGUGAUUUUAAUGGAACAGUCUAUUAUACGGCACAGCGUGGGGAAUCCGCUGGAGAUGAUUGCAGAGCUACAGGAGCAGGUGUUCCAGUGAACGCUCUGGUCCCUGAGCCUGUUUGGUACAGGGAUUAUUUUCUAUAAUUGUAGGGGAGGGUGCAGCACGGGACCCUUAGCUCGGUGUCCCCUGUAUCUGGUUUAUGGAAGAGGCCUGGCAGUUAAACUGACCAGUUGGUGUAUCAGAAUGUGCAGAGCAGGAGGGAAGGGAGGGUCAGGGGAGAGAGCCUGAAAGGACCAGGAGUGGGUGGCAGAGCAGAAGGCAGUGAGUAUGUGCAGUUUGAGUGCUGUUUGUGGCAAUCAAAAGGCAUACAUGUGAAUGAGGAAAUCCAUUGUGGAACGUGCAAGGAGGUGUGGAAGGGGGCACGGGUUAUUGAUACUUGGUAGAAGUAGAUGCAGACAGUGAAACUCUGCAUGACCAAGCACAGCAUAAAGACACGUGGGUCCUGAACAUUGGGACAAUUCUAAGAAUGGAGGAGGAAGGAAGACGUGACUCAGUCCAGAGUGUGGUCACCCAGAAGGGGGAGUCCCGCGGCAGUUCCAGAAGGCGCCGGCUCUUUUGGAAACUUAGACAGCGGUGGAAACUCCUCGGGCUUUUUGAGAUUGACAAAGAACACGAGUUCUACGCUUUGACCUGUGACCUUAAAGAAGGGCUUAAAGAUGCCAUUCAGGAUGUCAUUCAGAGUGAUAUACAGCCCGAAGUUACAGAUGAAGAUUACAGCGCUAAACUAACACAGGAACACAAGGGAUAUAUGAUGAGGACAUACGCUGGCCCAGUGUUCCGGUAUUUCCGCCAGUCUCUUGGGAUGUCUGAGGAAGGUUACCAGCGCUCUCUGUCAGCCUGCAGCCACUACCUCCAGUUUAUUAGUAACUCCAAGAGUAAAGCAGACUUCUUUCUGACAAAUGACAAGAGAUUCUUCCUUAAGACACAGAGCAAGCGAGAGGUUCACUUUCUGCUACAAAUACUGCAAAAGUACAUGCAGCACUUCCAGGCCUAUCCGCACUCCCUUCUAGUGAAGAUCCUAGGUGUUCACAGCAUCACAAGGGAACAAGAGAAAAAGAAGUACUUUAUCAUCAUGCAGAGUGUCUUCUUUCCAGAUGAGCGGAUCAUUGGCCGCUAUGAUAUAAAAGGCUGUCACAUAAGUCGCUGGACUGAGCCAGAACCAGAGGGAAGCCGAGUCCUGCAGGUCUUCAAGGAUAUGAACUUUGAAGGCAAUGUCAUCUGUAUGGAUCAGCAGCGCUCUUGGUUGCUUCGUCAAACAGAGCUGGACACCCGCUUCCUGCGUGAGCUUAAUGUCCUGGACUACAGCCUGCUAGUAGGAUUCCAGCCUCUGCAUGCUGAUGAGAAGAGCCAAAACUGGUCCUUAGCCAACCUCAUUGUCCGCACUAAAAGGUCUGUAAAUGGGACUGGCAGUCCAACCACAUCUCACUGUGCCUCUGUUCCUGGCACUGUUGAAGAGGAAGGCGAUUCUGUGGAUAAAGAGGACGACAGCACAGAAUAUAGUGGCACCCCAGAAGUGACCUCUGCCAGACGUCUGCCACUGAAGAAGAUUGGGCAGCAGGUCAGCACGGUAUCCGACUUAUCUGAUGUUGUGGCGCAGAACCGUCGCUUGCUGCCAAACUACAGGAACCCUUUGCAUGUGAUGGACGGGCCAGAGCAGAAAUACUUCAUUGGCAUCAUUGACAUAUUCACUGUGUACGGCUGGAGAAAAAAGCUGGAACAUCUGUGGAAGAGCAUGCGUUACCGCGGACAGGAGUUCUCCACCAUCAGCCCUAACCGUUAUUCACAGAGGCUAUGCCGCUGGGUGGAAACGCACACUGUGUAACAUGGCAGCAGUCAUUGAGGUCACGUUAAGGACUCUUAGUUUGUGCCAGUAUAG